UGCUAAAGGUCAACAGUAUAAACUUCGUGUGCCUACGCAAACAUAAAAAAAUUGAUAGUUCAUAGAAGUUUUAGAUUAGAAUAGACAUCUACGGGUACCGCAUUCGCUGCCUGAGCUUGUAACCGGCCGGUUGUGUGUUAUUAUAAUCUAGAAAAAUGGGAUCUCGUUUUCAAGUUGUCCAACAGGGACCUCCUAUCGAGGUUUUCCAGUUAAACCGAAUGUUUUUAGAUGAUCCACACCAAAAUAAAAUCAAUUUGAGUAUUGGAGCUUACCGAGAUGACAUCGGUAAACCAUGGGUAUUGCCUGUGGUUAGGAAGAUGGAGAAACAGAUGGCAGCUGAUGAGACACUCCUUCAUGAAUACUUACCAGUCUUAGGACUGGAACAGUUUACUGCAGCUUCGACAUCUAUGCUCCUCGGAGAGGACAGCCCUGCGAUCGCCGCUGGACGCGCGUUCGGAGUACAAACCCUGUCCGGUACGGGCAGUCUGCGCGUCGGCGCCGAGCUGCUGAACAAGCACCUGAAAUACACCACCUUCUACUACUCCGCACCUACCUGGGAGAACCACCACCUGGUCUUCGUGAACUCCGGUUUCACAUCCCCGCGCACCUACCGCUACUGGAACGCCAAGACUCGCUCCAUAGACUUCGACGGACUCAUCGAGGACCUCCGCUCAGCGCCCGAGAACUCCGUCAUACUGCUGCACGCUUGCGCCCACAACCCGACCGGCAUCGACCCCAGCCAGGAGCAAUGGGAGAAGAUUGCUGAUGUUAUGGAGGAGCGCAAGUUGUUCCCGUUCUUCGACAGCGCGUACCAGGGCUUCGCGUCGGGCGACCUGGACCGCGACGCGUGGGCGGUGCGCUACUUCGUCAAGCGCGGCUUCGAGCUCAUCUGCGCGCAGUCCUACGCCAAGAACUUCGGCUUGUACAACGAGCGUGUGGGUAACCUAGCGUGUGUGAUCUCUGACGCGAGCCUGGUUCCCGCGAUGAAGUCUCAGCUGACGUGGAUCAUCCGCGGCAUGUACUCCAACCCGCCCGCUCACGGCGCGCGCGUCGUCGCCAAUGUACUCGCCAACAAGCAGCUCUUCGACGAAUGGAGGGAACACAUUAAAGCCAUGGCCACUCGAGUCAUCCAGAUGAGAGAGGCUUUGAGGGCAGAGCUAAUCAAACUGGGCACCCCCGGCAGCUGGGACCACAUCGUGAAGCAGAUCGGUCUGUUCUCGUACACGGGGCUGACGCAGCGGCAGUCCGAGCACCUGGUGGAGGAGUACCACAUCUACCUGCUGAAGUCGGGCCGCAUCAACAUGUGCGGCCUCAACCCCGCCAACGUGCAGUACAUGGCCAGGGCCAUGCACGACGCCGUCCUCAAGUUCCCCGCUGACGACGAUGCUCGUUCGAAAUUGUAGCGAGGUGACUGAAAGCGAUUUGCGAACGCUGAGGAGCAACUUGCAGUACCUCUACACUGCCUAAACACGAGACUUAUAUACAAAAUAGUUCUAUAUUGUUCACAAGUCCCAUUUUACGAGAUUAUUUAAAAACUUUUUACUACAAAUAAAUAACUAUAAGUAA